AUGGGUCGAAAGCAUGAAAUCGGUAAUUCUACAUCACUUGUUGAUCAAUAUCGAAAAGAAUUAGGUCGACAAGAAAAAAAGGUUGUCAGCGAACGUCGCCGAGAAAUGAAACGGUUAAAAUCAGAACAAGAAACUGUAUCUUAUUGGAAGAGAAUCAUAUGGAUACUUGCUGGUGCAUUAUUUCUUGGUUUUAUUAUUUAUGUUUCACUUGCGUAUUAUCUUACUCCAAAAGAUACAUUUUAA